GACGUCAGUCUCCCGCUGACUGAUUGCUCAGUUCCCGGACUUCUCUCUCCCCAGAGGAUCGGAAAACCGUUGCUGGGGCGCAGCGGUCGGGGCCCGUUGGAGGAGAGCGCCGGGAAGGCUCGGUAAAAUCCUGCAAAAAUGUCUUUAUAUCCAUCGCUUGAAGACUUGAAAGUAGAUAAAGUAAUUCAGGCUCAGACAGCCUUUUCUGCAAACCCUGCCAGUGCAGCAAUUUUGUCAGAUGCCUCUGCUCCCAUUUCUCAAGAUGGAAGUCUCUAUCCUAAACUAUAUCCCGAACUCUCUCAGUACAUGGGCCUGAGUUUAAAUGAAGAAGAAAUAUGUACCAACAUGGCCCUGGUUCCUGGAGCAACAUCUCAGGGGCAGCAAUUGGUGGCCAGGCCUUCUGCUGUGAAUUAUAUGGUGGCUCCUAUAACUGGUAAUGAUGCUGGAAUUCGAAGAGCAGAAAUUAAACAAGGAAUCCGGGAAGUCAUUUUGUGUAAAGAUGAACAUGGAAAAAUUGGCCUUCGACUUAAGUCAAUAGACAAUGGUGUAUUUGUUCAACUAGUCCAGGCCAACUCUCCAGCAUCUCUGGUUGGUCUGAGAUUUGGGGACCAAGUUCUUCAGAUUAAUGGUGAAAAUUGUGCAGGGUGGAGCUCUGAUAAAGCUCAUAAAGUACUCAAACAGGCUUUUGGAGAGAAGAUUACAAUGACUAUUCGGGACAGACCAUUUGAACGAACUAUUACCAUGCAUAAGGAUAGUACAGGACAUGUUGGAUUCAUUUUUAAAAAUGGAAAAAUAACCUCUAUAGUAAAAGACAGUUCUGCAGCAAGAAAUGGUCUUCUUACUGAGCACAACAUUUGUGAAAUCAACGGUCAGAAUGUAAUUGGCCUGAAGGACUCUCAAGUUGCAGACAUACUUUCAACAUCUGGGACCGUAGUUACCAUUACAAUCAUGCCUGCUUUCAUCUUUGAACACAUAAUCAAAAGGAUGGCAUCAAGUGUUAUGAAAAAUCUAAUGGAUCACGCUAUCCCAGAAGUUUAAAAUUCAAGCAGUUGUAUCUUUCACAUAAUGGAAACUCUGCUGAACUUGGGCAGUUUACUCAGAAUCUUCUGUAUUA